AUGCUUUUCAUUUUGUACACACUCCUGCUUUUCCAUUAUCUUCAUGCAAAGGCAGAAAACACAUUUUGCCAAAUGAUGGGAGACCCAAAAUACCCACUGCUGUUUAAGGAUGGAGACCUAAUUAUUGGAGCACUUUUUUCAAUUCACAGUAAAGAAAUAUUACCUGUUUUUCAGUUUACACAAAAGCCUCAGCUCAUUACAUGCUCCAGUGUGAAUCUAAGAGAUUUUCGGAUUGCUCAAACUUUGACUUUUGCCAUUGAGGAGAUUAACAAAAGUGAUACUUUGCUCCCAAAUGUUACUAUUGGAUACAGAAUUUUUGAUAGCUGUGGUGCACGACUCUCUACAAUGGGUGCAAUUAUGACAUUAAUGAAUGGACAAGAGUUUGAAGCAGGAGGCAAAUGCAAUGGACAGACUCCUAUACAUGCUAUAAUAGGGGAAACAGAGUCUACCAACACAAUGAUUGUAUCCAGAACCACAGGACCUUUUAAAAUCCCAGUGAUAAGUCACUCAUCCUCAUGUGAAUGUCUCGGUAAUAGGAAAGAUUACCCAUCUCUUUUUAGGACUAUUGGUAGUGAUUAUUACUACAGUGAAGCACUUGCACUUCUUGUCAAGCACUUAGGCUGGUCAUGGAUUGGAACUGUGAACAGUGACAAUGAUUAUGGAAACAAUGGAAUGGCUAGAUUUCUGAAAACAGCACAGCAGGAGGGGAUUUGCAUAGAGUACUCUGUAAAAUACUACCGUACGGAGACUGAAAAAAUGAAAAAAGCAGUAGACAUUAUUAAAAAAGGAACUGCAAAAGUUAUUGUUGCAUAUAUUUCAUUUCUUGAUAUGGGAUUACUAAUUGAGCAGUUAAGUAUUCAGAACAUUACAGGCCUCCAAAUAAUUGGUUCAGAAGCAUGGAUAACUGCAAAAGAUUACAUCACUCCAAGAAGCUUUCAUUUGCUUGGAGGAUCACUUGGGUUUGCAGUAAGAAAAAUACAGAUUGAAGGACUUGCAGAUUAUGUUAUAAAAGCAUUCUGGGACAACGCUUUUCCAUGCUCGGUGGGAGGGGGGAAUUCAUCUCAAUUUGCGUUAAGUUGCAGCCGAUAUCAGCAUUUGCUUGUUCUAAAGAAUUACAAUGAUGAUAUUCCUGACCAAAGAUAUGCAAGUAAUGUCUACAAAGCCGUGUAUACCAUGGCUCAUGCAUUACACAGUCUACUCAAAUGCAAAGAACAAGACGGUUGUGAGAAAAACUUGCUAAUACAACCACAGCAGGUGGCUGAGGCUUUGAAAAUGGUCAAUUUCACUGUAAAGUUUGGAGAUAAUGUGUGGUUUGACAGGUUUGGAGGCAUAGUUCCCCUGUAUGAAAUUGUGAACUGGCAGCAGGACUCUGAUGGAUCAAUUCAGUUUAAAGCAGUGGGUUACUAUGAUGCCUCACUGCCACCUGACCAGCGCUUUGUGCUUAACAAUAAAAACAUAAUAUGGGCUGGAGGACAGCUGGAGAAGCCAAGGUCUGUGUGCAGUGAGAGUUGUCCUCCAGGCACUAGGAAGGCUGUACAGAAAGGAAGACCUGUCUGCUGUUAUGACUGUAUUCCAUGUGCAGAUGGAGAAAUCAGUAAUGAAACAGAUUCAAAUGACUGUAAGCAGUGUCCACAGGAUUUCUGGUCUAAUACUCAGAACACCGUUUGUGUGUUAAAAGCUGUAGAGUAUCUGUCAUUCACAGAAUUUAUGGGUAUAGUGCUGGUCUUUUUCUCACUGUUUGGAGUAGGAAUAACUGUUCUGGUCACAGUUCUGUUUUACAGUAAGAAGGACACCCCCAUAGUAAAAGCCAACAACUCAGAGCUGAGCUUCCUGCUGCUCUUCUCAUUGACUCUGUGUUUUCUCUGUUCACUUACUUUCAUUGGUCGCCCCACUGAGUGGUCCUGUAUGUUACGUCACACAGCGUUUGGGAUCACUUUUGUCCUCUGUAUCUCUUGUGUUCUAGGGAAAACAAUAGUUGUGUUAAUGGCCUUUAAGGCCACUUUUCCAGGAAGUAAUGUCAUGAAAUGGUUUGGACCUCCCCAACAGAGACUCAGUGUUCUUGCAUUUACACUUAUACAAAUUCUCAUAUGUGUGCUUUGGCUAACAAUAUCUCCUCCUUUUCCCUAUAAAAAUAUAAAAUAUUAUAAAGAGAAGAUCAUUCUUGAGUGCAGUCUGGGUUCUACUGUUGGUUUCUGGGCUGUACUGGGUUAUAUUGGUCUACUGGCACUCUUGUGCUUCAUUCUGGCUUUUCUGGCUCGGACACUGCCUGAUAACUUCAAUGAAGCUAAAUUCAUCACAUUCAGUAUUCUCAUAUUCUGUGCUGUCUGGAUCACAUUUAUUCCAUCUUAUGUCAGUUCUCCUGGAAAAUUUACUGUAGCUGUGGAGAUAUUUGCUAUUUUAGCCUCAAGCUUUGGUUUAUUAUUCUGUAUAUUUGCACCUAAAUGUUACAUCAUCCUGUUUAAACCUGAAAAAAACACAAAACAACAUUUGAUGGGAAAAAGCUAA